AUGGUUGCUGAAACCAAGCUCUACGACGCUUUGAGCGUCAAGCCCGAUGCCACACAAGAUGAGAUUAAGAAAGCAUACCGCAAGGCAGCAUUGAAGCACCACCCCGACAAGAACAAAGACAACCCUCAGGCUGCUGAUAGAUUCAAAGAGGUGUCGCAAGCCUACGAAGUCCUAUCCGAUCCCGAGAAACGCAAGGUCUACGACCAGUUUGGCCUCGAAUACUUGAUGCGUGGCGGCCCACCCCCACCCCCGCCAGGGGGAGGCGGAGGAGGUGCAGGUGGCUUUGACGGUGGCAUGCCCGGAGGAUUCAGCUUUGGCGGCAUGCCCAACGGGGGAGGAAGCCGGAAGUUCCACUUUUCCACAGGUCCCGGCGGUGGUGGUGGAUUCAGAUUCAGCGAUGCCAACGACACUUUCCGCACCUUUGCCAAGGACGGCGGCAGUGGCAUGGGCGGUAUGGGCGGUAUGGGCGGUAUGGGCGGUAUGGGCGGUAUGGGCGGCAUGGGCGGCAUGGAUGAAGAAGACAUUAUCUCGAUGUUCGCAGGAGGACUGGGCGGCGGCGGCAGCGGCUUCCGUAGCAGCCGUCCCGGAUACUCGAAACCGAAACGCGCACCCACACCCGAGCCAACUAUCAUUGAGAAGGACCUACCACUCACUUUGGAGGAAAUCUACAAUGGUACCUCUAAAAAAGUCAAGACGAAAAGCAAGGCCUUUGACAGUAUGGGCAAGCUCACCACCAAGGAAGUGACUUUGGAAGCCAACAUCAAGCCAGGGCUGCGUGCUGGCUCGAAGAUCAAGUACAGAAAUAUCGGGGAUCAGGAAGAGGGGGGACGACAGGAUGUUCACCUAAUUGUAAAGGAGAUCGAUCAUCCUUCUUUCAAGCGUUCUGGUGACAACCUUAUCACAACGGUCGAUCUCAGCCUGAAGGAUGCACUGACUGGCUGGGACCGCAUUGUCCGCACUAUCGACGGGAAAUCAAUCCGUGUGUCAAAGCCCGGUCCAACCCAACCCGGUCAUGAAGAGCGUUAUCCUGGCUUGGGCAUGGUGAGCUCCAAGAACCCUAGCAACCGCGGCGACCUAAUCAUCCGCGUCAACGUCAGCUUCCCGAAUAGCUUGACUAGCUCCCAAAAAGACAUUCUCCGGGAUGUGCUGCCUUAG